AUGUCAAAUAUAGUAACUGGUGAAGAAGCUGUUCUUAUGUGGUCAAAUAUGCGUGCAAAUUGUUAUAAUUUGAACGUAACUGAUUUUGGUUCAUGUUGGAAUGAUGGACGUGUUGUUACAGCCAUUAUUCAUUCAUUAUUUCCAAAAGAGUUUGAUUACAAUUCAAUGACUUUUAAAGAACCACUUAAAGAUAUGCAAGUUGCUUUUGAUUGCUUAAAAAAACAUGGAGUUAUUAUUUAUAUGGAACCUCAAGACUUCUUAAUGAAAAAACCAGACACUAAAUCAGUGACUUUAUUUGCAGCUGAAUUAAUGAAAUACUCUCAAGGAAAUUAUGAGGGGUAUGAUGAAAAAAAAUUUGAAGAAGCAAAAAGAAAAAGACUUGAAGAAGAAAAAAAAGAAGAAGAAGAAGCUGCUAAAAGAAAACAAGAUGCUAUUGAUGCUUUACCAAAAUGUACUGCUUGUGGACAGCCAAUAUCAGUAUACGCUUAUGAAUUUUGUGGAUAUCCUUAUCAUGACACUUGUAUUAAAUGUAAUGGAUGUAAUAAACCAUUACGUUUUAAGGCAUUAGCUGUUAAUGAAAAACCAUAUUGUGAACUUUGUGGAAGAAAUGCUUUCCAAAAGAUGAAAGCUGAUGGUUGGGUUCCACCAGAAGGAGUACGUGGUCCAGUUCAAACUCGUAUUGGUACUUAUACAGGAGAAAAGAAAGCACCACCACAAACUGAAAAACCAGUUGUAAAGAAGGAAGAACCAAAACCAACAACCUCUAAAGAGCCAGAAUUAAUUUCACGUAAAACAGUUGACUCACAUAAAGAAGGAGGAUUUUUAAUUGAAACCAUUGAAGAAAUUAUUUUUGACCCAGCUAUUGGAAAGAAAAAGAAGAGGACUAUUAAAAGAAAGACUGCAAUUAAGGAAGAGCCAAAGGUAGAAACUAAAGCUGUUGAUGAAGAUGAUGAAAUUAAGAGACUUGAAGAAGAACAACGAAAAUUAGAAGAAGAAAUGAAAAAAGAAGAGGAAGAACAAGAAGCUGAACUUAGACGUUUAGAAGAAGAAACUCGUCGUCAAGAAGAGGAAUUAAAGAAAAUGGAGGCUGAAGAUAAUGAUGAUGAUGAGUUAGCUCGUAUUGAAGCAGAACUUGCUAAACUUAAAGAAAGUGAUGCUUAA